UGUGUAUAUAUAUGUACAUGUUUAACUGUUGUUCUUUGUAGCUGGUCUUCCACGAAUGAUGCUGAAGAAUUGCAGAGAAACGAAUGUGGGAUGUACAGUAAACAAAUAUGUACAGGAAGCAAAACAUACCAACGCUGAGAAUUCCCGAUUUUCUAACCUCAAACAUUCAUCAUCACAUAUGUUGAAGGACUUUAAUCCAAAAGGCUUCAUUCAGACUGCAGCAUACAAUGAAGCUGAAAAAAAGUUGCAAGAGCUUGGCAUCGUGUCCUUGAUUGGGAGUCCCGGAUCAGGAAAGACAACUUUUGGUUGGAUAUUAGUGGCUCGCAUCUGUCAAAAGGACACAAAGCAGCCAUUAUACAUAACAGACCCUUCACAGAUUGAUGAUAUUCCAAUUCCUAAAGAUUCCAGUCAAUCGAAGCCCAAAGAUACAUAUGUUGUAUUUAUUGAUGACAUGUUUGGAAAGGGAAAUUUGCUUGUUCGUGAAAAAGAAUUAUGGGAAAUGAAAUUUGAAAGAAUUAAGUUGUUAGUUACAUUUGAAUUAGUGAAAGUGAUAAUCUCUUCGAGAACACACAUUUUUUCUCAGUGUGAGAACAGCUUAAAAAUAAGGGAAUUCCAAACAUUUUUAAAUUUUACUCGGUUUUCCCUAAAUGAACAGGAAAGACUUCACAUUCUGGAACUGAAUCUUGAGAAAAACAAGAACAUAAAAAUGACAGAAGAUGAUAAGACCACAGCCGUAAAGGAGACAUUUGAAGAAUUGGGUUUUCCACAGUGUUGUCGGUAUUUUGUCAAAUCUUCAGAAGCACAAAAGCUAGGUGUAGACUUUUUCCGAAAACCUAUACAAUACCUUAAGAACGAGUUAGCAUUACUAAAUUCAAACAGCCCACUUCAGUAUCUUGUUCUGUUACUGGUUAUGUUUAAGCAGGGGUUCUUAGAAACUAAAUAUUUGACUUCAUUUGAGGAAGACGAGAAUACCACAUAUCUAAUGAAGAAGUUGACAGAUGUGUGUGGAAAUAUCACACGUAGGCAGAUUAUAGAACAAGCCGACUCAUUGCGUGGUGUUUAUCUUAAAUACAGUGAAGUGGAUGAAUGCUAUUCAUUCGUUCACCAGUCUGUGUUUGAUACAUUGUUUCUGCUGUUUUCCUCAAAGUACAUUGAACACUCCAUUAGACUUUCUCCUGCCCCAGUGUUGGCGGAGUAUGUCGUCACACCUGGGAUACCAAAUCCAGGUAAUAAUGUACUGAUGGUGGAGGAAAAACAUUUUCCCCUUCUUGCUCAAAGAUUUACAGACUUGUUAAAACAGCCAAAUAAUGCUAGAAGUGUACUUGCGCAUCCAUCCUUCAUUGAUGAACGGUUUGUGGAAUGCCUGAUGACAAAAUUCUGGGAUCCUGCAGUGUUGAAUGACCUUUUGUCUUUGAAACUUCCUCUUCAUGUUGAAAAACAAGUGAUGGUGUUUAAUCUGAAAGAUUUGGACAGAUACUGGAAGAUUCCUCUUGCAAGACAUUUCUUUCCUUCCCAUAUAACAAACUUUACCUCUUCAUCUGCAGCAACUGUGGCUGUCAUUCACAGCUCAAGAAUGUGGUCCAAAUAUCUUGCAGAUGAACUUGUUAAACCUUAUUCCCGUAUUCCAAAAGAUCAACACCUUGACAUUUUGGAAGCUGCGUGUCUUGUAGGGAAUUCUAAAUUAGCUGGUAUUUUGCUAAAAUGUGGCACCGUUCCAGAUAUUAAUUCAUUGAUUGCUGCUGUAGUCUCAAACACAGAUGAUGUUAGACUGUUCAAAAUUCUGUUUAAUCGUAGAGAGGAUCUGAUUGCGAAUAUAGGUCAUCUACUUGUUCUGGCAAUUGAGGUAGAAAAUGAAAAAAUAUCAAAUAUGUUGAUUGAUAGACUCAGUUGGAUUGUAUCCAACGAGAGCACUGUCGAGAUCCUCGAUGAUGCUGUUAAGCAGCUGCUCCUUGGGAUAGCUCGACGUCCAUUUCGGAGAAGUAUGGAAACUAGAUCUGCAGCCAGACUGUUUAGACAGUUGUCCUUACAUUCAGAUGUUUGCACAUCUGAUGUUGCCAUUUUCUUAGCAGCUUCUUUUCACAAUGCCAGCAUUUUAAAAGUCAUUAGUUCAUCGUCACUUAGCACAGCGUGUCAAGGUGACACCCCGUUCAUACAUGCUGUUGCUCAAGGUGGAUGUUUGGAAUCUCUGGAAAUCUUGGUACAUCAUGGAUGCAACGUCAGUUCUGUCAAUGAUAAACAUGAGACAGCCAUGCAUGUAGCAGCAGCAUUCAAUUCCUAUCAGAUGAUCGAGCCAUUACUUAAAAAGGGACUUGCAAUUAAUGCAGUUGAUUGUAAUCAAAACACACCACUCCACACAGCUAUCUUAUACAGGUCAUUUGACAGUGCACAAUGUCUUGUAGAAAAUGGGGCGCAGGUCAACCUACAGAAUAGAGCAGGGCAUUCCCCACUGCACUAUGCAGUAUGCACAGAAGAAAACAUUAGAGACCAGAUGCCAAUGGUUGGGUUUCUCUCACCACAAUCAACACGGGAUGAAAAUUCAGCACAAGACUUGUCAUUCAAUUUUGUAAGUUAUCUUGUGGGGAAAGGGGUAAAUAUAAACCUUCAAAAUGAGGAUGGAAACACCCCUCUUCACUUCGCUGUACAAGGAUUGUCAUUUAAUAUUGUAAAUCAUCUUGUAGAACACGGAGGAGAAAUAAACCAGCAAAAUGAAAAUGGAAACACUCCGCUCCAUUAUGCUGCACAACAUGGAUCAGUGGAUAUUGUAAGUUGUCUUGUAGAAAAUCAAGCAGAACUAGACGCAGAAGACAAAAGUGGGAACACUCCACUCCACUUAGCCGCACGUAACUGCAAAAUGGAAAACAUAAGUUGUCUUGUGGAUAAAGGAGCACAGGUUGAUUGUGAAAACAUUGAAGGCUGCACACCACUGAUUUAUUCGUCUUACUGUGAGCAGAGUCGUAUCUUGGAGUAUUUAUUACGAAAAGGUGCAAACUCCAAUCAUGGAAACACCACAGCAGUGCAUGCUGCUGCAGCAUUUCACUGUAAAAAGAACCUUCAGGUUCUUCUGGACAGAGGUGAAGACGUAAAUGUUCUCUCUAAGUCUGGCAGUACCCCACUUCAUAUGGCAGUGCGGUGGGAUUUACAAAAAGGAUUAUCAAAGACAUGUUUGUACUACUUUCAUGAUGGAAAAUACAUUGAUGAUUUUAUAUGUGAUGACUUUUUAUGUGACAAGACAGAUAAUAUGUUGUUGAAUUUCAAAAAAUAUCUGCAAAAAGAUUCUCCAUUGAAUCAUGUAGGGCAUCUCCUGCUUGACAAAGGCUGUUGUAUAAAUACUAGAAACAAGGCAGGGAAGACAGCAUUGCAUGUUUGUGUGGAGUACGGUCAGCUUGAAAACCUCGAGUUUCUGUUGCAGAGAGGUGCUGAUGUGUCACUAGGAGACAAGGAAGGUAACUCUGUGUUGCAUUAUGCAACGGCUAGACUGCAAGUUGAGGUUGUGUAGACACUGGUAGAGGCAGGAGCUGUAGGUAGGAGAAACCAUGAUGGACUUAAACCAUCUGAUCUAGUUUCUGGUAAAGUCGAUAAUUUUGAUGGAGAUGACAUAAUGAUCAAAUGUGGCCAAAUAAUUUCUCUAUUGUCAUAAAAGGGGGCGGGAUAUAACCCAGUGGUAAAGCGUUUGCUUGAUGUGCGGUCUG